AUGAAACUUGCGCGAUUGAUUCCAUGUCCACAAGCUGAUUUAUUGAAUAUUACACUUCGUCUCUUGCUGAAUUUAUCAUUCGAUCGGGAUAUUCGAGCACAAAUUGUUCGUAUUGGUUUACUGCCAAAAUUAGUAGAUUUGAUCGAUGAUGAUAAUCAACGUUUGAUUUCUCUGUGUUUAUUGUACCAUCUAAGUAUGGAUAAUACAAACAAAGCUUUCUUCACGUAUACGAAAUGCAAUCAACAAUUGAUGAAACUCAUCAUCGAUUGUAAAGAAGAUACCAUUGAACCUGAAAUUAUUGCUUUAGCAAUUAAUCUUGCAUUGAAUCCUGGCUGUGCCGAACAACUGUGUGAAUAUAAGCAUGGCAAAGGUUUGAAGUUACUGAAGAAACGAGCCUAUAAACAAAAAGAUUCAUUAAUCAUGAAAAUGAUACGAAAUAUUUCAUCACACGCAUCACCCGAUAUCAAAAAUCAGUUCAUCCCAUUCGUUGGCGAAUUCGGUGAAACCUUAGUCACAGAAAAUGACGAAGCAUUUCUUACUGAAGUCGUGGGAACUUUGGCGAAUUUAACAUUACCGGAAAUUGAUUAUGAAGCAUUGAUGAGUGAAUAUGGUUUAGUUAAUUGGAUCAAAUCAAAAUUGAAACCUGGAUCAAGUGACGAUGAAUUAUCAUUGAAUGUGGUUAUUCUGGUUGGAACACUUUGUGCUGAUGAUGCUUGUGCGGAAGUGCUAGCUAAGAGUGGGAUCAUUCAAAUUCUCAUUGAACUUUUACAUGCCCAACAAGAAGAUGAUGAAAUUGUUUUACAAAUAUGUUAUGUGUUUUAUCAGCUUUGUUUUCAUAAAUCAACUCGACAUGUGAUUAUUAAAAAGACUGAUGCACCGGCUUAUUUAAUUGAUCUUAUGCAAGAUAAAAAUAAAGAAGUUCGACGUGUUUGUGAUAUCACAUUGGAAAUCAUCAGUGAAUAUGAUCCUGAAUGGGCUGAUCGUAUCAAAGGUGCUCGCUUUCGUAAUCACAACCAAGCAUGGCUUGAAGCGAUUGAGCAACAACAAGUAUCUUAUGACGAUGACGAAUCACCCGUCAUGAACAAUGCAGGACCAGGCAGUUUCUAUUCGACGGCAGUUCGAGAUCAAGAUGACUAUGUCGAUCAGUUCGCCUACAGUGAUGGUUAUCCAAUGGAUGGUCGAGAGUCACCAGAUGUCAAUCAUUGGAAUUCAAUUAACAGUGGAGCUGAGAUGGAUAUUGAUAGUAAACCUUUUGCUCGACCUGAGGUGACUAAUCAAACUACUCGAAAUACUAAUCGUUCACAAACUAAUCCUACAACGACAACACGAAGACGUGGUGUUUACGAAUAA